AUGUCUUCACAACAACUUCUCGUCCGCCAAGUUGUUCGUUCAGCGCGUCAAGCCAGGGCGUAUGACAAAGUCAGGACAGAUUUCCCUGUAAAAGUGCAUAAAAAUGUGCGCGCGGUUUCAUCCUCAGUGACACGCUCGGCAGCGGCUGCACCAAAACUGAAACCGACACCGACACCGACCCCGACCCCUCCAUCUUUCGAGCCUAUACCCCAGCGGGAGCAAUCAUGGUUGACCACGAAAGUCAAGUCAUCUCCAAUCCUUUUCUCAAUAUUCCUCUCUGUAGCACGUGUUCUUGGCUAUGGCUCGCCGCAACAGUUUGCUAAUCGGCGCACUCUGCUCUUAUACAAUACCCUAUGUGCAACGCGUGCCGAUGAAACGUCUGAGUUUUGGAAAGAAGAAUACGCUCUGCCGCCAACUUUUCAGUCCUGGUUUACAAUCACAAACCUACAUGUCUGGCUGCUCACCGUCCGACUCCGUGCCCUCCCUGAACCACAUGGGAUACAACAUAUACAAGGGCUCAUCGAUCACUUCUUUCAGGACAUCGAAGAACGCUUACGCGCUGUCCUUCAACCAGGCGUGCUCCCUCCUCGGUCUUCCUCACCAAAGCUAGCUGGCACUGCUGAAGAUGGUUCUCAAUAUCCACACAGCUCCUUUUACACCACACCCGCCCCUCUUCCGCAUAGAAGCACCUUUCCUUCAACUAAAGCAUACCAAGAGGCCUUGAAACUCCAGAUACGCUCUCGUGCACCAGAAAAGUUGAUAACCAGGCAGAUGAAAAUCCUCAAAGAACAAUGGGCUGGGAUGGGAAUGAGCUUGGACCUCGGCCUCGUAAGGGGCGAUGCCGAGAUGGCUGCGACAGUCUGGAGAAAUCUGUUAGGUGCACGGGGUGCAAGUGGGAUUGGGUUGGAGGGCAAUGGCAUUGGUUAUCGGAGGGCGGUUAACUUAGUUGGUGGACUUGUCGAGGACGUGAGAAAGGUGGACGUAGAUAAGGAAGAGUUGAAGGACGACAACAGUGGUGUGCAUGAUUUUGCUCCUUCGGAAAAUGACCGGUACAUCGGUUAUCCAGAGCUUAUGGUCACACUUGUCUCCUACAUCCGCCGUGAACUUUCACGACUGGAGCGUCUUGAUGACACUGUCAUCAUGGGACCACGGCGCGUCGGACGUGAGGGUGAAGGCAUCCAAAAUUUGAGAUGGGGAGACAUCAGAGACGCUGUCCGGAGGUAA